AUGACGACUCAAAAAUUAACGCUUACCACCACGAGCCUGCACAACGUCGUCAUUGCCAACAGCUCGGACGUGAUAUACUAUGAGAUCGUGACACCGAAAUGGGAACGCUGCAUCACCCGGAUCAAUAAAUUGGAUCCCAACAUGAGGGAGUUCGACCUGAUUGGAGAGUUGAAAAACGAAGAUGACAAGCCGGUCGCGGUGCGGAUAUAUGGCGGUGAAUUCAGACCUGUAGAGGAGUUCCUGAGAGUCAGGGAAGGAGAUGCGGACCCGCAUGGACGUUUUAAAGGAAAAGAUGGAAAAGAGUACGUGUGGAGAGUGAAGAAUCGUCAGCUUGAGCUUGUACGUGAGAAUACACCGGAUGGAAAACCGGUCGCCGUUUUCCACAAACACAAACGCUAUCUCUUCGUUUUACGGAUGUCACGACUACCCUACAUAGAGAUUGAGUCAGACGUCCUCGACAUGCUCGAUUCCCUCAUCAUCUCUUUCCUCCUUAUGGAGAGGAGACGCAGACAUGGAGACAAAUGA